UGUUUGAUUAAAUUGAUUCCUUCAUUUCGAACAAGACUCGCUAAUAAAUCGUGCGAGGGGCGAAACCGCUCACGCUUGGCUUAACGAAGAAGGGGAAAAGUGUUGAAAUACAGUGAUUUUUUCCGUAUCACUUACGUCCUUACUUUUACCAGUGGCAACGUUUCAUCAGUUGUCAAGUGAUUUUACCUGCAUCAAACAUAAGUCCAACUGUGAUGUUGUGAAUCAUUGUUAAAAUCAAGAAGGACUUUGCUGCUAAGAAAUAUCAUUCCAGAUAUGAUACAAAGAAAAUUAAGUCUUCAAAGAGUCCAUGCAGAGAUUGAGAUUGAAGGGGAUCAAAUAACAGAGAAUGAUGAUCAUGGCAUGCCAGUAAAAACAAACAGGCAGAUCUCAAAAGGUGGGAAUGAAGAGAGUCAUGAAGAGGGUAAAGCUGUGAAUGAGGAUGAAGCUAGAAAUGUGGCCAAGGAUAAUGAAAUGGCAGAUGGAGAUGUUAUUGGUGUUGAAGAGGCCCAGAGUCCUCAAGAAAUAGCUGAACAAGAGUCACCUUCCAACACAGCUGGUGGUGUAGAUGACUCACCUCAAGAGGCCAAUGGUGGGUCAAAACGACUUCGCAUGUACAAGUGUGAACGGUGCAAUUCACAGUACAUGGGUCUGGCCAUGUUACGGCAGCAUUGCCGAGAUGUCCAUGGUGAUCAGAAAUACUACAAGUGUCAUGUUUGUGGUAAGCUGUUUAGCCAUCCAAGCAGCCGUAACAUCCAUUUAAGGUUGCACUCUGGAGAGAAGCCUUACAAAUGUAGCACUUGCGGCAAGCAGUUCAGGGUGUCUUCCCAUCUGAAAGACCAUGUUAGGGUGCAUACGGGGGAGCGUCCAUAUAUUUGUGAUAUUUGCCACAAGGGGUUCAAGCAGUCAAGUGACUUGAAGAAGCAUCGGCGUACCCAUACCUUGGAUAAACCAUACAAGUGUCCUAUCUGCCCAUCAGCCUUUACCCGUUCACACCACUGUCGAGGCCACAUCAAUUCUGUGCACAAGUUCUUCAAGUGUGUUGUUUGCAGUGCCUUGUUUACCUCUGAGGAAGCAUUUGAACGUCAUAAAGAACUCCAUCCCUCUGUAUUAUUAGACCAAGGAGAGCCAGAGCAAAAAAUUCCAUCUAACAGGAAGGCAAUGAGUCAAGUAGCUGUCAUGUCUGAGAGGUCUGAAUCUGGAGAUAACAUGAACCAACAAGACAGGGAAUCAAUUGAAAAAAACCUUAAAUUGGAUGCAGCCAACCAGUUACUUGAACUGCACAAGACAAUGCAGCUAAGGCCUUUGCCGAGCAGUACCCCAGGUAGUGGAUCAGAGACAAUGUCAGAUUCAGGGGAUGAGGCAAGUCUCAAGCAGUUGUCACCACCAAGCCAAAGCUUACCUGUUGGACCACAACCUCCAGCUGCAGUAAGUCCUAGUUUGAUCCGUCAAGAAGUUGCAAACAUGUCAUUGUCAAGCACAAGUCACAUGGAGCAGGCACAUGUCGUUCCACCUGAAAUGGCUCAUGAGGGUGCAAAGUUUGAAGUGCCUCCAAGUUUGCACAUGAUGUAUAACCGUAAUGUACAGCCUAAGCUCCAGCAGGAAAAGGAUUAUCUUCGACUGCCUUUUCAAUAUUCCAGUUAUCAAGGGAAUAAAAAUUUAUCUUUAUCUGAUGCAGAAAUGUAUAGACAUGCAGCUAGCUUUUCUUCACUGAAAGUGCAAACAAGCCAUUUGGUCAAUGGCAACCACUUUGUUAAUGACAGUGCUUCCCAGCAUAUUUUGCGUUCCCCUGAAAAGUUUGAUUCACAAAGCCAGAGAAGGGAUCACAGCAAUUUUAGUGAAAACAUCUCAAAGAGAGAGGAACUUCCACAGGAUGACAGUGCAGUGAGAAAGUCUCCAGAGAGAACAAACAAUGUGGCUUGUCAUCGGGUGUCCGUCAUUCAGUAUCACUCUAGUGCACAAACAUCCUCAAAUGAUGGAAGAAAUGAAGAAAAUUUGAUCAAAGAUAAUUCACAAGAGACAUCAAAAGCUUUGAAAAGUAAAAUAAAUGAUCAUCUACAGAGUAAUGAAGAGCAGCAAAGGAACUACAACUUCAUGAACAGUAUGAAAUAUUUUUCCAGGAUUCCGAGGGAAGGAAUUCCAUACAUACCACUUACCACUGAAAGUGCUCUGGCACUACAGAUGUGGAACAAAGAGAUGAAUGGCCAUGCCAUAGAUUACUCUUGGGCUUUGAAGGAAGCCACAAGGUUUAAAAUGCAUAGAGAACAAAGUGGGCAGUUACCCCCUCCAAAGCAUAUGCCAGAAAAUGGCCAACAUAAUUUCUUCUCCCACAAAGAUGUGCAGCCAUCAGCAGAUAUCUACAAUUCUACUUCACCAGCAGUGCAAGAGAGAUCAGUUGAGAGGUUGAAGUACUUAGCAAGAGAACAUAUCAAGGUGAAGGACAUGGAAGGAGACACAAGAAGGGAGACAAAAUCACCUGUUGGUGGAAAUGAUUCUGAGACAUCUGAUACGUCAGACUCCGGCGAUGUUCUUCAACCUGGGAAAGUGUUGGCAAAUUCUGAACAACAGUCUUUAUCUUCUGAGCCCUUAGACCAGAGAUCCUCUCCAGAGAGCGCUAUUCACCACUGUCAAGUCUGCAAGAAGACAUUCUCCCGCUCUAGCCUACUUAAGCAGCAUUCGGUCAUCCACAUGGGAAACAAGCGCUUUAAAUUCCGCUGUGAAGUUUGUGGCAAGAUGUUUCGGACACGCAGUCAUCUGCGGGAUCAUACUAGAAUACACACAGGUGAGAGACCUUUCAAGUGUCACAUCUGUGAAAAAGCCUUCAAACAGUCCAGUGACUUAAAGAAACACAUCAACCUUCACACAGGAGCAAAUCAGUUUAAGUGUGAAGAGUGCAACAUGGAGUUCCGUAGAGCUGAUGCACUUCGCAAACAUAAGCUGGGACACAAAGUGGGGAACAUGCCUUGUGGACAUUGUGGGAAAAACUUCUUGCACAUUAAUGCCUUAAGAGCACACAGAGCCAUGCAUAAUGUGCAACCUGUAAAAGCAAGCAGAUCCUUUCACCGAUGUAACUACUGCUUUAAAACAUUUACAAAAGCAGAAAGCUACAAGAUACACAUUGAAGCACACUCUCGUGAGCAGAAUGGAACAGUGGUGCCUUUUGAUUGCAAGAUCUGUUCCACAAAGUUCCUCUCAGAAGCAGCAUUUCAAGAUCACAUGAACAUUCACAACGGAAAGCGGCCUUACAAGUGUUUUGUUUGUGAUAAGGAAUUUUGCAUUGCUGAGCAUCUGCAAGAUCAUGUCCGCCUGCACUCUGAUGUGUCAUCACGUCAUAGGUGUGAGGAUGAUGGUAAUAAAUUUAAAAGACCAGAUGACCUUUUAAGGCAUUCAGCAAUUCAUGCUUAAUGGCAAAGGAGGUUGAAAAGUCAGCCAUUGAAAGAAAAAUAUAUUUAAAAAAAAUAUUGACUAAAAAAGUUUCUCAGACUAAUUACUCCAUACAUGUGAUAUCAGUUAUCUGAGUACUGAUAUUUGACCUUUCUGUACAAAACUUUAAAGUUUGGGUGUACGACAAUUCUGCUAUCUGGAUGUUGGAGGCAGUGUAGUAUUAUGAAGAUUUCAUAAGAGCAAAGGACAAAAUGAGUUACAUCCAAGGAUAGCAGUGCGAAAAAGUUAUGGUAUGAAAUAUUAGCUAUAACAAAUAAUUAUUAAUAAUAAUUAUUAAUAUAUUUUGAACUUAAGAUUAUCAUAAUUAUUAUUAUUGGCUGGCUCACUGUCAAUGAUAUUUUAGGAAAAAGGUUAUUGAUGCUGAUUAAAGGCAAGACUUCAUUUACUUUUUAAACUAAGUUCAUCAUUUUUACAGUGUAAAUAUCAGGAGAGCACUUUGACAUCAAGGAUUGCUGGUAUAGAAUCUAGGCCCCUUUUGGCAUCCCAUUUCUGGACACCUUUUUUAAGGGUCCAGAACUAAAAAUUGGACACCUGAAAGGAGGGAAUUUUGCCCACCUCCAGAAAAAGGACUGUGGUCAAGAUGACUCUCUGUGGAAAGAGCAAGGGUGUGCCUUGUGAUGAAUUACCAAUACUUUGAUCACAAAUUUUAUCAAUCACUGUUUAUUUAUAAAGUUAUUACACUGAAGGAAGAUUAUUUAGUCUAGUUUCUUUGACCAAAAACCUGCACAUGCCACAAAAUUUGGUUGGUUGGGUUUAGUUAUUGCCAUGUGUCACAAAUCAGACAUACUCAAUCAAACAUGCACCUUUGUAAUUAAGCUACUGAUAAGUAAAACUAAAGUUUUCAUGCUUCAAUUUUCUUUAUGUGGUUGGCACAAAAUUACAGGUGACUUGGUUGUUUCUAAAUAACAUUGAUUGAUCAACCAGGAACUUGGAGCCAAGCUCAGAGAUUUUCACUUCUUUGAAAUGAUCAUUACUAACAACUCUUCAGCGAAAGAUAGAUGAAAAAUGCAUACUAUUAUCUGCCACAGUUUUCUUUAAUUGUGUGCUUAACUAUCUUUUACAUUUUCCAGGAAAUAUGUAGUCUUUUAAAACUAAAUAGCUUUAUGAGAUGUUCUAUUCCUGUCUGCAAAAUAAUAUUUUCUCAGUUUGGUCAAUUACUUUGCCAACUGAACAGUUCACAUUAUUGAAAGUUUAUUGUCAACCACAUAGAUUGUGGUCACAGUUUGCAUUAAUUUAUUGAGUUAAAUAGUGUUAUUUAGUCGGCAGGCCGACUUUUAGUAUUAUUAAUUGUAACUUCUUACAGUAAUUUUAAUUUAUAAUUGUGUCCAGUCAUGUGAUGCUCAAUUUGAAAAUGGAUAAAACUGUGGAACAGAGAUCUGAUUGUGCAUUCUCCCCUCUAGCUGCUUCACAUUUCUUUGUAAAUUAUUUACGAGAAUUUGGUGUUAAAUCAAGUUAAAAACUUGAAUCAGAUAAAUUUGUGUAUUCUUGAUACUGGUUCACUGGAUAAUGUAUUGACAUUGCAGGAAGAGGUUACAUGUAAAACAGUUAUGGAAGUUAAAGGGUUAAAUGCAAGUAUUGAAAGUAAUUUUUUUAAAUCAGGUCUAAAUUCUUUAACAGGUUUCUUUAGUCUUUCCAAUCUGUGUUCUGUUUCACAGCUCAGAAAACCAUGAUCACCAGAUAAAUUUGUGAAAUUUUUUUUUUAGUUCCAAGAAAAAGCAAAUCAGACAACAAAAACCCGAAUGACAAACUGCAAGUGUAUUUAGGAAAAGUUUUGAGGUCUGCUUGUGUGUCCUGAACUUUAUGGUCAUGUGAUUGUUCAGGAUACAAUUGACUUAUUCAAGUCAAAUCAAAGUGUUUGUGGUUUACUUAGUAUCACUGUAACUGUGAUUAUGAUACAUGAUGUUUGGUGUUUAUCAAGCUUCCCUGCUGGUGAAAUUUCAUCUCUCUUUGAGCAGGUAAACCUCAGUCUAAAUUUUUAACCAAAAACACCUUGUCUGGUCUUGAAGCACUUUAAGGCAUUAAUUAGAAACAAUCCCAUGUGAUAUUUAAUGAUCUGGUAAAUAUAUGCAAGACUCUUAAUUUUUUUUUAUCCUAGCUGGCCGAAACUGGCCGUAAUGGAAAUUAUCUUGGUUUAGUUCACACUAAGAGGUUUUAAAUAUACUGUAAGACUCUCUAAUUGUACUAACUUUGGAUGGUAGACUUUGUUGUCUGCAUGUUGAGAAUGAGUGCAAUAAAUCAGUGACACUUGA